UGGAUCUUCUGAAGGUCACUGCUAUUCCUUUGAUGAAGAAGUUUGGGAUCGAUGGAGACGGUCUGGAAAUAAAGGUGCUGAAGCGAGGCAUGGCUCCUGCAGGAGGAGGUGAGGUGCUCUUCACUUGUCCUGUGCGCCGUUCCAUGAAACCCGUUCAUCUCACGGAACCGGGAAAAAUCAAGAGGAUCCGAGGAACAGCGUUCUCGGUGCGAGUUUCUCCUCAGAUGGCCAACAGGAUCGUGGACUCGGCCAGGAGCAUCCUGAACAAAUUCAUCCCGGAUAUUUACAUCUACACCGACCACAUGAAGGGUGCCAGCUCUGGGAGGUCUCCAGGGUUCGGUCUGACGCUGGUGGCUGAGACGGUGAACGGCACGUUUCUGGGCGCUGAGGUCGUGUCCACACCGCAGGGUCAGGGAGAUCCGGUGCUGCCGGAGGACUUGGGCAGAAACUGUGCCAAACUACUGCUGGAGGAGGUCUAUAGGGGCGGCUGUGUGGAUUCGACCAAUCAGAGUCUGGCUCUCUUGUACAUGAUGUUAGGUCAACAAGAUGUGUCUAAAACACUGCUAGGACCCCUCUCACCCUACACGGUCGAGUUCCUGAGACACAUCCGAGACUUCUUUCAGAUCAUGUUCAAGAUCGAGCAACAGAAACCUGGAGAAGAUGAGCGGAAAGGAGGAGAGAAGGUCCUGAUGACGUGUGUGGGAGCCGGAUACAGCAACAUCAGCAAAACCAUCAAAUAAAGACCUUAGGACCGAAGAUUUCGUGUUAUACUCAAUGUUUUUGUAUUAUCCCAUAUUUUAUCAUAAAGAAGUGUCUGCUGAACUGCUUUUGUACCACUUUGAGAGGCAUUUUUCUGCUUCACAAUGCAUUUUCAGACGGACGUGCGAGUAAUAAACGCAUGUGCCGUUUCUUUGCUGA